AAGAAGGUGGUGCAAGAAGACGUUUUUCAAAGCUGAAGAUGGCUGGAUUGCAGGAGACGUUAACAGUAAUCGUCGUGGCGGUGGCUCUGGCUGUUUUGGCCGUGGUGAUGGCGUCACCAGUGGUGGGACCCGAGCCAAUCCGCUGUUCCCCCUGCACACAAGAGAAACUGAACGAGUGUCCUGAAGUGCCGAGUGACUGCAGGCAGGUGCUGAGAGAGCCAGGCUGUGGCUGCUGCAUGGCCUGCGCUCUGGAGAAAGGCGCAUCCUGUGGCGUGCACACGGCUCACUGUGCAGAAGGUCUCCGCUGCACCCCCAGGCCCGAUGAGGCCAGACCUCUGCAUGCACUGACCAGGGGACACGGGGUCUGCACUGACGACCAUGCCCAAGACGAAACGGAUGUCGCCCCUGACCACAGUGGCGUGCACUGCAUGCUUGGGCUCGACAAUCCUUUUGACAACCAAAAUACUGCUGAGGGCCAGGAGAGCAUCAAGGCCAAAGUUAAUGCCAUCCGCAACAAACUGAUACAACAGGGACCCUGUCACACCGAACUGCACGAGGCGCUCGACUUGAUCGCCAGCUCUCAGCAGAAGUUAGGCGAGAAGUUCACAACGUUCUACCUCCCCAACUGUGACAAGCACGGCUUCUACAAGGCCAAACAGUGUGAAUCAUCUCUGGUUGGACCACCUGCUCGCUGCUGGUGCGUCUCCUCCUGGAAUGGGAAGAAGAUCCCGGGAUCGAGUGACCUCCCCGGCGACUCAGAGUGCCACCAAGAGGUCACCCACUGAAGGACGGCCAUUCGCACACUACUGCACAUGUACUACAAACCUCAUGUACACAAUUCUGUGAGAAACACAUUCAGUGCAGAUGCACAAAUUCAUCCCUUCAUUGGGUAAAUGUGUGAAUGCACACGCAACAACAUGAUGAUCUGAAGUCAC